UCCCGGGUUGCCUCUCCUGGGCGAGAUCGUCGAGCGGUCGGCUGGGGACGGUGACUGCGGGCUCCUUCACUUGCGGACUUCCGACCGAGGCCUGGAGACGAUGGCGGGGCCGCCACCGCUGGCGCUGCAGCUGGAACAGUUGUUGAACCCGCGGCCGCGCGAGGCGGACCCUGAGGCCGACCCGGAGGAGGAUACUGCUGCCAGAGUGAUUGACAGGUUUGAGGAAGGGGAAGACGGAGCAGGUGAUUUCCUGGCAGUGGGCAGCAUUAGGAAAUUGGCAUCCGCCUCCCUCUGGGACACGGACAGAAGGUAUUCUGGCAGAACCACCUCAAGAAAAGCGUGGAAGGAAGACCCUUGGGAGAGGACACUGCCAGUUUCAUCUGACAAGGAACUAUCUGAUGAGGAAGGAUCUGGAGGUGAAGACUCCGAGGGUUCUGAUGAAGACGGGAGUGCUGCCAGUGAAGAGGAGGAGGAGGAAGAGGACACUUUGGCUGGGAGGAGGAAGGGCAGGAGCCACAGUGCCAACACGGCUGGCUUCCACGUCCAGAGCAUCAGUGACUUCGAGAGCUUCACCGAGGGAAUGGAUGACCUUGGGAGCAGUGAGGAGGAGGAACAUGAAGAUGAAGAGAGCGGCAUGGAGGAAGGGGAGGAGGAGGAAGACUUGGAGCAUGAGAGUGAGGAAGACGCGGCUGGAGACAGGAACAGUGAGGAUGAUGGCGUGGUGAUGACCUUCUCCGGAGGCAAAGUUUCCGAGGAAGUGGAGAAGGGACGAGCUGUGAAGAACCAGAUAGCCCUGUGGGAUCAGCUCUUGGAAGGAAGGAUCAAACUGCAGAAAGCUCUGUUGACCACCAAUCAGCUGCCUCAACCAGAUAUUUUCCCUGCUUUCAAGGACAAAGGUGGUCCAGAAUUUGCCAGUGCCCUAAAAAACAGUCACAAGGCCCUUAAAGCAUUGUUGAGGUCAUUGGUGGAUCUUCAGGAGGAGUUGCUCUGUCAGUACCCUGACACUAGGUACCUCGUAGAUGGGACUAAACCUGAAGCAGAAAGUGAGGAGAUUUCUAGUGAAGAUGAAGAGGUGGUAGAAGAGAAGAAACAGAGAAGGGCCCCACGGAAGAGGAAGCUGCAGAUGGAUGACUAUCCCAGCUUCAUGGCAAAGCGCUUUGCCGAUUUCACUGUCUACAGGAACCGCACACUUCAGAAAUGGCAUGAUAAGACCAAGUUGGCUUCUGGAAAACUUGGGAAGGGUUUUGGUGCCUUUGAACGCUCGAUCUUGACUCAGAUUGAUCAUAUUCUGAUGGACAAAGAAAGAUUACUUCGAAGGACACAGACCAAGCGCUCUGUCUACCGAGUUCUUGGCAAACCUGAACUGGCACCUCAGCCUGUCCCGGAGAGUUUGCCCGGGGAACCGGAGGUCCUUCCUGAGGCCCCCGCCAAUGCUCACCUGAAGGAUUUGGAUGAAGAGAUCUUUGAUGAUGAUGACUUUUACCACCAGCUCCUCCGGGAACUCAUAGAGCGGAAGACCAGCUCCUUGGAUCCCAACGAUCAGGUGGCCAUGGGAAGGCAGUGGCUUGCCAUCCAGAAGUUACGAAGCAAAAUCCACAAGAAAGUAGAUAGGAAAGCUAGCAAAGGAAGGAAACUUCGGUUUCACGUCCUUAGCAAGCUGCUGAGCUUCAUGGCACCUAUUGACCAUACCACAAUGAAUGAUGAUGCUAGGACAGAGCUAUAUCGAUCCCUGUUUGGCCAGCUCAGCCCUCCUGACGAAGGCCCGCGGGACUGACAGCUCCCCUCUCUGGCCUUGGGCCUGAUUCAGGCCCACCCAGCACACAGCAGCUCCUUGGCAGUUCAGCUGCGCGUCCAGAUGGAGGAAACCAUUGCCUUGAUGGAUCAAGCCAGCAGGGAAAUCCCGGGGCAGGUGCUGUGUUGGAAACACAUGCCUGUGGCCUGCCCAGGCACCUGCAGGCUGCAGGCCCUUUAGCCCACCACCAGUGAAGAUGGUCCCACCACCUGUGUCUUCCAAAGCAGUGCAGGGGGAGCUGAUUGGAGCUGUGGCAGGAUGACACAUUUGUUGGGAUGGUUUUCAGCUUUUUCUUUUCACAGGCUUCCUUGGACAACAUAGAACUUGGCCUUUUCUUUAUCUGUUCACCCAUUAAUGAAGACUUAGUGUGCUUUCAUAUCUUGGGUGUUGUGAAUCAUAGGGACGAUUCCAGUUCUUUGUGUAAAAACCGGUUUAGGACAGCGGUAUUUCCAGUGUUUCCAGGCAUCACCAUUUGUGUUUUCCCAGAGGCAGUGCUGAUUUGCACCAGCAGUAUGCAAGGUCUCUUUCUCUCCAUGUCAUCACCAGCACUUAUCCAUCCUAACAGGUGUGAGGUAAUAGCUUAUUGUGGUUUUAAUUUGCAUAUCCCUCAUGAUUAAUGAUGCUGUUUGCCAUUUUUUUUUUUUUUACCUUCUUUUGAUACAUUUCUGGGUCCUUUAAGUGGAUUGUCUUCUGAGUUGCUUCAGUUUCUUAUAUGGAAGUGUAAAUAAAGAAAACGUGGUCUG